AUGGUCCGAAUGAACGAUUGUGAAUAUAAUCAAUCAUCAUGGGUACAAUUAUCGCCUUUUGUUCAUCAAGUUGGCGGUCAUUCAUCCAUGUUUCAAUAUGAUAAAAAUACACUUUGUAAAUUACUUGCACCACCUGAAUUAGAUUUUUAUCAAUCAAUACCUGAUUCAUUAAAAAAGUUUACACCAGAAUUUCGCGGUAUUGUUACAGUUCAAUAUUGUGAAGAUGAAUCAGGUUAUAUCAAACUUGUUGCUCGACCACAAACAACUUCAUUAGAAAAUGAAUCUAUAUCAAAUGAGCAAGAUAUAUCUUUAACAAAUGAUCAACAAUCAUCUGAUAAUAUUUCACGAAAAUCAGUACAAUUACGUUGUUCAAAAGAUGGAUCAAUUGAUUAUUCAAAUAGUUUAGGUGUUGAUAUUGCUAAUUAUGAACAAGGAAAAAUUACAAUGUCAGUUAUUAAUCCUUGGAGUUUACAAUUAUGUAAAAAACAAGCAGAAAAAUUACAUCAACAAUUCAUUGGCGAUGAAAAUGUAACUGUUUCACAGAAAAAUGUAACAGCACGAUUUCAUAAUCCUUGUAUACUUGAUUUAAAAAUGGGUAAAAGACAACAUGCUGAUAUUGAUUCAGAUAAAAAACGUCAAUCAAAAAUACAAAAAUGUGAAUUAUCAACAUCAUCAAAAUUAGGUGUUCGUUUAUGUGGUAUGCAGGUUUAUCAAAUAGAUAAUAGUCGAUAUAAAUUUACAGAUAAAUAUCGAGGUCGAAUGUUAACUGUUGAUGAAUUUCGUUCAUCAUUAGUACAAUAUUUUGAUAAUGGUCGUACACAACGUUUUGAUGUUGUACCUGAAAUAAUUCAACGAUUAGAAUCAUUAUAUAUAAUAAUAAAUUCUUUAGUUAAAUGUCGUUUUUAUAGUGGAAGUCUUUUAAUUGUCUAUGAUGGUUCAUUACAAUCAAAACUUAUUGAUGUACGUAUGAUUGAUUUUGCUCAUACAAUAUGUGGUACAACAACAAAUGAUGAUUCAUCAAAUAAUAACCUUGACCCUGAUAGAGGUUAUUUACAUGGACUUGAAAGUUUAAUAGGAAUUUUUCGUGAGAUAUUAAACAAUGAUGGAAAACAUAUAGUAGGAACUGAAACCAGAAAAGAAUCAUGA